CGACAUCACUACCUCACCCCCGUCGCCACCCUCCUCCCUCUUUAAAUAGCUUCGCGCUUGGACGCCAGUCUCGUCCAUAUUCACGUCGAAGCCGGCACACCCAGAAGCAGUCAUCGCCCAGAUUUUCUAUCCGGAAACUACCGUACGCUAAUGGCUCCUCCUGCCGUGGUAGAGAGCUUGCCUCCUCCGUUGAACUCCAGUGCCGAGCAGCCUCCUCUUUUCGAUGGAACUAUAAAGUUGUACACCUGUUACACAUGCCCAUUUGCUCAGCGCGUCUGGAUCACGAGGAACUAUAAGGGACUCCAGGACAAGAUUAAAUUAGUUCCUCUUAAUCUUCAAGACAGGCCUGCUUGGUAUAAGGAGAAAGUCUACCCCAUGAAUAAGGUACCGGCGUUGGAGCACAACGGGAAAAUCGUUGGAGAGAGCCUAGACCUGAUCAAAUACGUGGACAGCAACUUUGAAGGGCCUUCUCUUUUCCCUGAUGAUCCUGAAAAGAAGAAGUUUGGUGAGGAACUGUGGUCUUAUGUUGAUGAAUUCAUGAAGAUAGUCUACACUUCAUUCAAGGGAGAAGGACCCAAAGAAUGUGGUUCUGCUUUCGAUCAUUUGGAGAGUGCUCUUGGCAAAUUUGAGGAUGGACCAUUCUUUCUCGGACAAUUCAGUGGGGUGGACAUUGCCUACAUCCCAUUUGUUGAAAGAUUCCAAAUCUUCUUAUCUGAAGUGUGGAAGUAUGACAUCACUGCUGGUAGACCUAAGCUAGCAGCAUGGAUUGAGGAAAUGAACAAGAUUGACGCUUACAAGCAGACAAAGACCGAUCCUAUUGAACUUGUUGAAUUCUACAAGAAGCGCUUCACUGCUCAGCAGUGAAUGGAGUCAGGACCAUGCUAGGCUAUGUAUGAAGGGAAAAAGGGGAGUAAGAAAAGGGUUGAAUGGCUUGAUAGUUGGUAUACCUUCUUUUGAUGUUUCUCUGAGGCUAAGGCUAUUGUGUUGUGUAUCCGCUCCAGAUGCAGCGAUGCCCAUGUUUUACAGCUUGAAAAUGUUAUCGGGAAAUUACUUGAAAUUUUGUAUAUGUAACAGUUCAUUUUCGAAUCAUUUGCGUUAUUGUCUGUCUUCA